UCUGAAUGGACCCACCCCCUAAUCAUGUGACCUGCACACGCCCAAAGCUGUAUGUAUGUGCUGACAGUCCCGGAGCCUUCACUGCUAGCAAAGGACAGAGUUGUCACAAUGCCUUCCUGGGUUCCCGCCGUUGGCCUCACACUCUUGCCCCACGUGGGUGGAAUACUAGGAGGGUUAAUCACACGGAAAGAAGUCAAAACGUGGUAUACAACGCUGGUGAAGCCAUCAUGGCGCCCCCCUAACUGGAUGUUUGCACCUGUCUGGACUUCAUUAUAUACUGCCAUGGGGUACGGUUCAUAUCUGAUCUAUAAGGAGCUGGGUGGUUUUACAGAGGAUGCCUUGGUUCCAUUAGGACUCCAUGCUGGCCAGUUGGCACUUAACUGGGCCUGGACCCCCAUCUUCUUUGGUGCUCACAAAAUUGGUUGGGGCCUUGUGGAAAUAGCUGCCCUCACUGGCACAGUUGUGCUCACAACCAUCUCUUGGUACCCAAUUAGCAAAACGGCUGCCUACCUGAUGUUUCCGUAUAUAGCCUGGCUGUCCCUGGCCACUUCCUUGAACUAUGUCAUAUGGAGGGACAACAAGGAGAAGCCAGAAUAGAAGGAACCUGCCGGAGUGAACUACACUAAACCAAGGACAAAGACUUGUUUUUUUUAAUGGCCAUGUUACCUUUUACAUUAUAAUGAAGGUCUCUUUGGAAGUCAAAAACCAGCACAACAUUAGAAAAGUGAUUUGAAUGUUUCAAACCAAUAAAUAUUGCCUUAACUUUGUGUGUUUGAGAACAAAUGGAAAAAUAAAGGACUUUUUUUGUGUUUCUGUAUAUUAGAAAA